CCUUAUUGCCUGCGCACUCUAUCUGCAUUGCACCGCCUAAGCGUCGCAGGUGUCACGUUGCUAUAUACCCAAAAAUAUCCUUCUUUGGUGUUGAACAUGCUCCGAAGGCUCGUUACUCGCUCGUAUGGUGUCGCCAGAAUCUACGAGGAGCUAAAAGCGCUUGCCGCUAAAGGGAAUCUUGAUAAGUUCAAAGAGUGUAUGCAGAGAUGCGAUUCCAUCAAAAGCACGAAGUGGGAUUGGCUUGGUAUACGAGAAUGGGGAAAUGUCCCCUGUGCGGACAGUAAGACUAUGAUGCUGCACGAGGUAUUGAUGGUUGCUGCCGAAGCGGGGAGAUCGGAGAUUGUCAAGUAUUUGAUGGAAGAACGAGGCUGCGUGGUGUUUUUGAGCGCUGCUUUGGUCGCUCUUCACAACCAUCGAUGGCCAGUUCUAGAGCUAUUUCUGGACAAUGGAGGGGAUAUCAACUAUCUUUACAACAACAUGUAUCCGUUUCUCAGGCAUGCUCUCGAUUCAGUCGAACAGACCGCGUGGUGCCUCGAGCAUGGAGCAGAUCCUAUCGGCCGGACAGCUGCACAUGAUAAGACGGUCGCGGGACUUGCCGCUGAAUGCGCUCCGUUGCCUGUCAUCAAGCUAUUGCGGAAAUAUGGUACCGACUACACUCAGACCGAUGCAUUGCAAAUGGCUGCCGCUGGUUUGGUUCCUAAUCGCCUUGCGGUUAUGGAGUACCUUGUACAUGAGGCAAACUUUCCCAUCGACCAAUUGGAGUUGGAAUAUUUUCCUUAUGCGUUCAAGGCCUACGCCGGCAAUGGGCUUGGAACUGCUUUGCAUGCUGCUGCAAGGCAUGGAUGUCAGGAGGCUAUCGAAUUUCUACUGCAAAACGGUGCGGAUCGUGACAAGGUGGAUACAAAAGGCCGCAAGCCAAUUGACCUAGCCCGAGAAAAUGGAUUUGAUGCUGGAGUGCGAUUGCUUAGUCAAUGAAGGCUAAGUUUGGAUGGAUAUUGACUUUUGAACGCCAUACUCACACCUGUGAUGAACUGAAUGAUGAUUAUAUGAAAUGGGAUUAUCCUGCGUCGUUGAUCGAGG